CUCCCACCUUCCUUCCAUCCAUCAUUAUAUAUCCCACUCUUUCCACUCUAUAUUAACUACCAUUAUUCCAUUAUACUCAACCACACUAAUUAAUCAUUUAAUUACUUCGCCGCCAUGCCGUCGGUUACCGGCCAAGUCGUCUGCGUCACCGGCGCCGGUGGCUUCAUCGCCUCAUGGCUCGUCAAACUCCUCCUCGAGAAAGGUUACACCGUUAGAGGAACCGUCAGAAACCCAGAGGACGAGAAGAAUUCACAUCUGAGGGAGUUGGAGGGCGCAAAGGAGAGGCUAAGUUUGAUGAGAGCGGAGCUUUUAGAUUUUCAGAGUCUACGUGAAGCGAUCAACGGCUGCGAUGGCGUUUUCCACACCGCUUCACCUGUCACCGAUGAUCCUGAGCAAAUGGUGGAGCCGGCGGUGAUAGGGACGAAGAACGUGAUAACGGCGGCGGCAGAGGCUGGGGUGCGGCGCGUGGUCUUCACCUCCUCAAUCGGUGCGGUGUACAUGGACCCAAACCGACACCCCGAUAAGGUCGUGGACGAAACAUGUUGGAGUGACCUUGACUUUUGCAAGAACACCAAGAAUUGGUAUUGCUAUGGGAAGAUGGUGGCAGAGAAGACAGCAUGGGAAGAGGCGAAAGAAAAGGGAGUGGACCUGGUUGUGAUCAACCCGGUAUUGGUAUUGGGCCCAUUGCUUCAGCCCACUAUCAAUGCAAGUGUGCUCCACGUCCUCAAGUACUUGACUGGCUCAGCUAAGACCUUUGCCAACUCAACCCAAGCUUAUGUCGAUGUCAAGGACGUUGCCCGGGCCCACAUUCUCCUAUACGAGACCCCCUCCGCCUCCGGCCGCCACCUCUGUGCUGAAAGCGUCCUCCACCGCGGGGACGUCGUCGAGAUUCUCGCCAAGUUCUUCCCCGAAUAUCCCGUCCCCACCAAGUGUUCAGAUGAAUCAAAGCCGAGGGUAAAACCGUACAAAUUCUCUAACCAGAAGUUAAGGGAUUUGGGGUUAGAGUUUACUCCGGUUAAGCAAUGCCUCUAUGAGACUGUGAAGAGCCUCCAAGAGAAAGGCCAUCUUCCCAUUGUGGCCCAAAAUGAUGACCCGGUCCGAAUUGGUUCUUGACCCAUGUGUUUCUUUCUCGGACUGAUCCAAAUUUGAAAUUUGGGUCGACCCAAUUAAUACAUUUCUUAGAUGCAAAGAUACAAUAAGGGUAUGUUUGGAAUGACUUUUUCUAUUAACGUUAACGUUUUGAAUAAAAAUUUAUUCGUAUAAAUUUACUUUGAAACACUACAUUUAAACGUUGUCGUCAAAUAGUAUUUUUUAAAACGAUAACGCUAAACGUUGAAGUUGUUUCCAAACACACCCUUAGUAUGUGUUGUUUUUUAUGUAGAAAGAAUUGGUGAAAUUAUACCAUGUAAAGAUGUGAUGUUUAUUCCUCAUUGUUUGUUUUAAUUUGUACACUCAAAAGAGAUAUUAAUGUCAGCAAUGCUCAUAUCUCAU